UUGAUUUGGUUUAAUUUUUCUCUUUUUGGUUCAGGUUUUUUCGAUUUGGGGUUAUAUCAAUAAUUAGAAACAUGAUAUAUAUGUCAGUGGAUAAUGUUUUCUACUAAGUUUUCACAACACAUUAAAAUCUAUAUAAACACUAUAACUUGUAAACAUUUUCUCACCACCUCCUUUCUACAACAUUUAGCUUUACCUAAAGAAAAAUUAUGGGUGUAAAAGGCAAGUUGAUUGGUUCUGUCGAGGUGAAAUGUGGAGGACACUUGAUUUAUGAUCUUUUUCACAAUAAUACUCAUCAUAUACCCAACAUAUGCCGUGGUAAGAUUAAUCAUUUUGAGAUUCAUGAAGGUGAAUCUGUAAAAGUUGGUUCGAUAGUUAGCUGGAAGUAUAAUGACGAGUUGUACAAUUCUUUCAUUAUUAUUACAUCUUAUGACCAUCAAUGGACCACAUGGACAUUCGUGUACGAGAAGAAAACUGAAGAAACCCCAGAGCCACUUGUUUUUUUGGGUUUUACCCUUGAUGUGACAAAAGAUAUCGAAGGUCACCUUAUCAAGAAAUAAAUCAUCUAUGUUAUUUGGUGGGUUUAAACACAUGCAAAUAUAUCUAUGCAUGAUUUUACAUCCACUUAUAUGCUUGUUUGCGUGAUGAAUAUUUUACGAUAUCGGCUAGUUCUUGCUAGCAUGUGAAAUAAAUAAUGUUUUGUAUGAAAAACAUAUAUUAUAUA